AGUCGCGACGCGUGCAUCGCUCUAAAGAGGAUAACGAUAAACCGCGCGUUAUCGCGACCGAUUUCACACGCGUUCAACUUAAUAAUCCUCCAAGGUAGUUCAACGUUAGUGCUAAUUCCUCGAUAGCUAUUAGAGUUCUAUGAUUAUUCGUGAAAGUCGAGCUGAAUCAUCGACAUUCAAAAGUGAACGUCACAGAUGAUUUAUAAGACUCGUUGCAAGCGUUCAAUUUGUCAUUUUUACUGUUCAAAGAAAAUUAUCAGUGUUCCACUUCCAGCAAGAUAGCCAAGAUAAUCGAGACUGUAUAUCAACACACGUCACCGUCCUCGAUCUUCGUCGUAGCGUUUCGUUCGCACCUGCCAUCCUGAUACACUCGUCCGGUAACGAGACGUUGUCUGUCCGGUUGAUCGCGCGGUUUCCCGCAUCAUGAAGUCUCACGAGGCCUGGGAACGAAGCAUCGAGUUCAUCGAGCACCAUCUGAUCCCGGAGAUGGUUCAAGAUCGGUGUUUCUGCGUGCCGAAUUCCAGGGAAUUUGUCGAGCUCGAAUCGGCCGCGGUUCGCCUGGACGAAGUGAGUCGAACCAGCGAGAUUUAUCGCGCGACGAUCGUCCUCCUGUUUUCCGGCGAGCCUUGCACUAUCUCUUUGCUGGUGAAGCUGCUCCCCGAGGGAAUGGAACAGAACACGAUCGCUUUCGAUGCGUUUCAAAACGAAGAAAUGUUCUAUUCGAAGAUGACGCUCCGGUACGGCACCGAUUUUGUCCCGAAAUGUUAUCUGUCCGAUCUAGGCAGAUACGGCAGACCGGUGCUCGUCUUCGAGGACCUGGACGCGGCUGGUUACUUGCAGGUGGACGGCCAAUUGGACGACGAACACUUGAAAUUGUGCGCCAAGCUUUUAGGAAAGUUCCAUGCCACGGGCUUGAGAUUGAAGGCCAGUGAACCGAAUAUCUUCAGAGAAUUCCAAGCGAAAUUGCUGGAAAUAGUUCUCAACGAGGAGACGAUCGAGCGUUACGAGAAGAGAUCGUCCAGGAUGACCGAUAUCCUCGAGUCGAUGCCAAACUCACGAUUAACAGGGGAGGUGAAGAAGAGGUUAGACAACAGCCCGGUGGAGACGUUGAAGAACGUGCUGGGAGACGUGAACGACGUGUCUACGAUAUGCCACGGUCAUUUUUCACACGAUAAUCUGCUGUUCAAAUACGAGAAUGGGAAACCGAUCGACGCAAAGGUGAUCGACUGGCAAACAAUGAGAUAUUGUUCACCGGCUGUCGACCUAGGACCCAUUCUACUGUAUAACGUGUGCCUUGAAAACGGGCCUUCGAAGGUGCAAGAAAUUUUAACGUUGUACGUCGACACGGUGAAGUCCGAAUAUCCAGAGGUACCCGGCGAAAAAUUGAGAGAAGACAUCGCGGACAAGUUCAUUUUCGUCUGUUUCGUUCUAUCAUUGCAAGAGCACAUCACCGAUGGCGAACUCACGCGGAUCUUGUUGUUGAUCGAAAAAUUGUACGAUUCCGAUUAAAUCAGCUGUUAUCGUUAAUUUA